ACUGUACCACCCCAACUAAAACACGUUCCAUAGGAGCGAACACACCAACUGCAACAUUGCCAACAAAAAAGAGGAAGAGAACAGCUGCACGUCGCUCUAUCUUACAACAAAUGAAUGUAACCCGUCUAAGCUCUCUAACUCCAAAGAAACAGUUUUUGGUACUUUCUCACCGAAAAAGAGAAAAAGAAGUGGCUCGAUUAAAAAGAGAGUACGAUAAACUAAAAGAAAAAACCUCAAAGCUCAAUGUCAUGGAGCUUUCGGCAUUCAAAAAUUUGCCCAAUUCAUUAAAAUUAAUCGUUGAAGCCACAUUGCGGUGUGUCUCAAGCAAACCGAAUGGUCGUCGUUGGACCACCGAUGAAAAGUUACAGGCGCUCACUUUAUUCAAGAAUUCACCGCGUAGCUACAGGCGGCUAAGGAAAUUAUUUCCUCUCCCCUCUGGACGCACUCUAAGAACUCUCCUUGGGCGUCUGCCUCUAACCACGGGCGUCAAUGAGCAAGUCUUAAAUGCAUUAGCAGAUUCGUUGAAGAACUUGGACUUUAAAGAUAGAUAUGUUUCUCUGAUUUUCGGCGAAAUGGCACUUCGGAAGAGCAUGCGUUACAAUUCGCAAACAGACAGAAUCGAUGGCUUUCAAGACCAUGGAAAUCAGGGUCGCUCUAAGAAAAUUUCUGAACAAGCGCUGGUUUUUAUGAUCCAAGGAUUGCGGAAGAAGUACAAGCAGCCUGUUGCACAUUAUUUCAGUAGUGCGUCAACAACAGGAGAAAGGUUGUCUGUUCUUAUCAAAGAAGUCAUCACUAAGGUGGAAGAAGCAGGCUUCAAAAUUGUGACCACAGUUUGCGAUCUGGGCGGGAAUAAUGUAAAGGCGCUAGAGCUUCUUGGCUCAACUUGGUUGGAGCCAUGGUUCGAAUUCAAUGGGCACAGGAUAUACACAAUUUAUGACGUUUGCCACUUGCUGAAGUGUACAGGAAACAAUUUCCGGAACAAAGGAAUAACACUGAAGGUCAAAGUGAAAGGGAAACCUUAUUCAGAUACGAAGAGACUUAAUUCCGAUCCAAUUGAGUGUCAAUUUGGAGCUUUUAGGUGUAGCUGUGGUGGUAACAACCAGAGGCCAGAUGUACCUCAAUUUGAGGGAGGAUUUAAAACAUCCGUACUUAAUAAUACCACUACUUCUAAUGUUCAAGGAAAUUGUGAAUACGAUAAUGUAAAGUUGCUUAGUAAUUUAAGAGUGUUGCUUGUAAAUAACGAAAAAGGAGUAGCAACUGAGAAGGAGGUAGAGAAACUUGUUGUUGUAGUCGACAAAGAAUUAAGCCACACUUUGGCAAGGUCUGCCCAAUUGAAGGCUUCUGUCAAAGCAGGAGAUAACGAGUCGCGACCAAUCGCACAUAUUGCAGGCUUUGUCGCUAAACAAAUAGUCACUAAAUUGAAAUGUACUCUAUGCUGUAAUCGGUUGUUUGCCAAAUCCCCCGGCCCCUGCCAUUCUUUAAUUGCUGCAAGGGAGUAUAAUAAAGAGAAAAGAAGUUUGACCUACUGUUGUGAGAAGUUUGUCGAAAUAGUGGGUUCUUCCCUAUACUACUGUAAUGAUCGAAUUGAAGAGCAAUCCCACAUGGCGCAGCUUCAGGCAAAAAUAACAAAAGUCCUUAGCCAAAAAUACUUCUUGCAGUGGCUGAUUUCUAAUUGUUGUUCCUCAUCACAUGCUAUAUUUAUGAUCUCCAGUUUUUGAGACACGGUAUCCCACAAUUACCAUCAAGUAAUGGUGCCACAGGAAAAAUCGCGCCUUUGCGAAAGAAAACUCGGCCAGACAGGCAAAACGUAAAAUGAUAAUUUUGAAGCACCAAUCAGAGUUGAUAAAAACACAAUCAACUCAAUUCUCGGAGCUUAUCACGAUAGUGGCAAGACUUGUUUCAAAAAUAGAUCGGUUUCCUAAUCACUUACUGAGAGUAUGACAUUUCUGAGAUUGUAAUCUGCAACUCUCCAGCUGGACAAAAUGUGCCUAACACACAAGCUUAACUAGAUUAAGAAUUGAUGAUUGCUUUCAUACUGUAUAGUUUAUAUUCAAUGUUUAAAUUAAGAAUUGAUCAUUGUAUUUCUACUGUAUGGUUUAUAUUCUAACAAACUCAGUUGCAGCACUUGCUGGUGUUAACCCUACUGUCAAAUCCCGCACCAACACCUUCUACUUCGACUGCUUCGGAGACACCGCAAUCCCCGAAAGGGAAAAAGCGGUCUGGACCUAAGCUUCUUCUACUAUCUAUGAGUGCGUUUAGGCCAAAAAAAAACCCCCAGCCAAGGAUGGUUACUUCAAGGUAAUGAAUCAUACUUUGAUGGCCCAAAAAUCUUCAACAAGACUAAUCGAAAACUGCUGUGAGCCCUUAAAAACCACUGCUGGAGAAGUUACCCUGUCAUCGUAGUCCGCAGUAGCAGUUCUGUAAUCAGUUACAAAGUUCUGUAAUCCCUGCGAGAAGCGGGGGAGCAAGAAGUUGGGGAGCGUGGAGUCCUCUGG